CUGCGGACCGGGCUGCGCGCUCUCCUCCCGUAACGUGUCAGAUUUCACCCUCCCCGAGUCUCCCCACCUCCGACCCACCCCCGUUUUUCUCUUCCAGUGAAAUAGGCGGCCUCCCACAGCGGCGGAUCCUUCCUUUCCGUCCGCUCCGGCACCCUGCGAGUCAGACUGCGAUGAGUGGACUGAGGUCUCCUGGGCUGCUGGGGCUGGUGCUCUUAAUGCUCUCAGCAGGAUAUUGCAAAGAGAAAACUGACUCCGCAGAUUUGAAAGACCGGCAAAGUCUCUUAAAUCUAAUCAUGGAGAUCAUUCAGGAACUGAAAAGGUACCACCUGGAGAAGGACAGUGGGGUGCAGUACUUCUCCAAGCACGACUAUAACUUAGAUCGAAGGGAAGUGGCAGACUACGGAGGAUACCAGGAUGAGCAGAGACUGAGGAUGAAAGACAAAUUUUUAAAGCAUUUAACAGGUCCACUCUACUUUAGCCCAAAAUGUAGUAAACACUUUCAUCGGCUUUAUCACAAUACAAGGGACUGCACCAUCCCAGCAUACUAUAAAAGAUGUGCCAGGCUUCUUACUCGGUUGGCAGUAAGCCCAAUGUGCAUGGAAGGAUAAAGAUGCUAUUACCAGGAAAAGAAACACCAAGAACCAAGAGAAGUGCCUUGGAAACCAACAGGGAAAUAGAACUUAUUACCUUUAUAACAUACUCCAUUGUGAACAAGAGAUUUAUUUUUGCAGAUUGACAGACUACUUCCCAUAAUUCUUUUAACAUGCGUUUUGUAUGUCGUCAACAGUUUGCAGAUUGACAUUCUUUACAGUAGUAUAACUGCCAGUAGUACUUAAUGCUCCAUCCUUAAAGACACACUUUACAACUGAUGUGUAAUGCUGCCAAAAAUUAUGUAAACACAAAUAUUUCACCAAGAAUGUUGAUGUUCUAUUGCUUAAUACUACAAUUUUAAGGAACGUUUGUUUGUAUAUCUAGAACUACUAAAGAUCUGCUCCACAGUAGUUGUGGUCACUUGAUAUCCUUCAUGCUCAUGCAAUUUUUUAAAAGUUUGGUUAAAACAGACUUGCACUGGGGUCACAUUGUACCCUAGGAGUAAAAAAUUGCAUGACAAACAGGAACAUAAUUCCAAGUAGACAUAUUUUUUGGGACAGUGGAGCAUGAAUUUUGUACACAAACACAAGCUGCCAUUAAUUUACUUUAUAUAAAUAAAUGUAUAAAACAUUCCAACGAACGUGCAAUAUGUAAAUACUGUAAAUAACAAGCAUAAGUAAUAAAGUGUUUGGUAUUAAGUUCUCAGUUUGCUUUCUGUUCACUGAAUCCAGAUAAACAAGCUAUCUUACAGGAGCUACUAUCAUUUAUCCACACUUAAUUUUCUUUCCAGUAACAGUUCACUAGAGUAAGAAAGAAAGGUACACCCACCUCAGAGAAGUCCAGUCUAUGGAUUUGUGAGGAUGGACAGAUCAGUGUGAUCCAAUCCCACAAAAUGCCCAGACCACAAGGCUGCUCCAAUUCUCUACAGCAUUAUAAAUUUGGAUCUUUUUUUAAGACAAACAGUUCUUUUGGGUUUUUUUUUCUUUGGUUUUGUUCAGAAAAAAAUCUGCAGUCUAUUCAUGACAGUGCAAGAUAAUAUAAUCAGUAGAUAUCCAAUAAAUCAUUUUUGUAUCAUAAAAUUUUUAAGGAGUUGGUGAACACUUACUCAAGAAGACUUGAUACACAUGUGCAUUUCUUCCUUAAACCAGAUAUUAAAUCUAGUUGUAAUAAAACAUCUCAAACAGGAAGAAAAUUUUUAUGUGUGGCCAGUAGAUGAACCUCACGUACUUUUAUCUUAAUACUGGCCCCUACCUUCCAUUUCAAUGGAAUUCAAAAUUCAAACCACAAAAUGUAAAAACAAAACCAAACACACCCCUCCCGACCCUGAGAAAUAGCUAAGAGCUGGGAUUCUUGAAAUUCACACUUAGGAGCCUUCAGCAUCUAGCUCUUUAGA